UUUAUAAUAUAAUAUUAUUUAAAUGCUAAUUUAUUUCUAUUAGCAAUUGUAUGUUAUGUACGUUGACAUAUUUAUUUUUUAUGCUUUUCAGCCGAUCUUCGUGGAAGAAGUCACACCAGUUUUAUAGUAUACAAAUCGUGUAACGUAUUGUAACUGUAAGAUGUAUAUGUUGAUAUGUUCAAAUCCAUCGUUCGACAGAAAAAUAAAAGACGCAAUUUCACACUCUUAUUUCAAGAAAUUGAAGGUUUUUUUGGUUUCCAAUUUUACAAAAACCAUCCAAAAAAAAAUUUCGAAAACAAUAAUUGAGAAAUCGUCCAACGCUAUUUGAUAACGAUACCGUUUCUUCAGUGAACAUUCGAGGAAAAGAAGCCAUCGUCCUUGAACUUUAAGGAGUUUAUGUUAUUGAAAGAACGGUGUUGUGUCGAAGGUAAAAUAAUGAAGAAGCGGCGACCGUGUACGUGGAACUUAUCUCGCUCGGCAAAAAGUUCACCAAGGUCUUUUCGUGUUCGCGAAUUUGACGGUCUUCCUAUCGAAACAAAAAGCUUCCACGAGUUGAAACAUCUGCAAAAGUACGGUUCAAAGUCGCAGAAAAAAAACACCGAGUUCGAGGAAUCUUCUUUGAAGAGAGAUGCAUUUGGUUCAUUGGAGUCUUUAUUCGAUCUCAAGAAACCUUUGACUUUACCGGAAAUACAUUCCCUUGCUGUCGAGUAUCAUCAGCAGGGAUAUACGCCUUUGUACGAGUCAACAAAUCUCAAAGAUUCUAAACGUUUUAUAAAAUCGGUACUUUCGCAACGAACAGAGCUCGAACCACACAUCCUUGAGCGAGCACAUGAGGCAGAGGAUUAUAAAAGGAAAGCGCAGACAUCAAAUUUAGAAACGUUGAAUUCACAGGAAAUUGAGAGUCCAUAUUCUGAAACAAAAGAAUCAUCAAACAUGGCUGACGAGACGGAGGAAAUGCAAGAAUUAUUGAGCGAAAAUUUUGAAGAUGCUGAAUUAGUAGAGAUGGGUGAAGAAGUUGUAAUAACGAGUGAAGAAGUUGAAGUUACAGAAUCCGGAGUUGAAGAUAAAGGACUCGAAGCUACGCUUAAAGAGAUGUCGGAAGUUGCACCAUUUGGGCAACAGGAAGAGGAUGAUGAGGUGCCUCCACUUCAUCCACUUCCUCCUGGUGUUGGUGAAGGUGUACCAGUAAAGCCUGGUGGUAGAAAUGAAUCCAUCUUAAGUUCAUCGCCGUUAACUGACAGCGCCGUGAAAAUGGAAAUGAAGAAUGCUGAUGAACGUUGUGCAGUACUCGCAAAGGAAAUUGAGCAACUUAAACGAGAAAUAGCUGAACUUUCUAAAAAAAAAGAUUUAACCGAGGAGGAUACGUUAGCAAUUCAAUCGAAGCAAGAUGAAGUUAUGAGGAAGUUGGCUGAAUUUGAAGAAAUAACUCGGAAGCUGCAACGGUUACUAGGCUUGGCUGAUUACUCGAGUACCACCUUCGCGAAAAUGUUCGACAUGAUACCGCAUCCUACUUCGAAACUCAGCUUGGCGAUCACAGAAGAAGAAGAGGAAAUUUUGACACAGGAUAAGAUCAGAGAUAAAAUAGAUAAAGAAGUAUCUGCGAUAAAAGUAACCAAACCAGAAGAUCGAUUCGACUUGCCACAAAUAGAGUAUCCUGAAGACAAACUUCCAAGAGUAAUCGUUUGCGGGACCACGGAAGACGAAAUUCCAAAAAUUGUUGUAGCAGAUAGUAAAAAGAAAGGAACUGAAAGUCUUAAAACUCUGACUGGGAAGCUAACAGAGUCGUUAACUAUGCAAGAGAAAUUGGCACAAGAAAACGCGCAGCUCGAAGGUGGCAAGUAUAAAUUAGAAGAAGCAUUACUAGAAAAGGAUUCUGCAGUUGAAAGCCUACAGAGGAAGGUAUGCGGUCUGCAGGCUGAAAUGAGAAUAGUAGUGAAGGAAAAUGUGGAAUUGACGCGUCAGAUAGCUUGCUUGAAUCAACGAGUCACUAGUCCUUGUUGUUACACCUGUCCAGGUGCAAUUUCCUCUGGAGUAUCAAGUCCGUGUCCUUUACGUUCGGUUUCACGCACCACUACAUUACAGCAGGACGACGAUUACUGUCGAUGCAAGUGUUGUCUUCAGUCUGCUGAAUCCUUGUCGCCAGUCGCCCAGACCGUAUGUGAAUCACCCAGGCUUGCGGGUGGAGCGUCAGUAACAGGUGCUUGCAUUACAAGUGGUGCAUCUUCACAAGUCGACGAAAUGUGUUGCCGAAGUCCAGCCGUCGUUAAAACGCCAUGCGUGCCACCACCUCCGAAAGGGGCUUGUCCCGCUGAAAUAGAGAACAAGCUUGCAGCUUAUGGGAACAAUACCAAGCAGCUAGAACAACAACUGGGCAGUAUGGAAUGCGAAGUACGUAACAUGCAGAUAGAACUUGCUAACGUACAACGAGAACGUCAACAGCUGGAACAACAACGAAAGCUGUUGAAAUGCACUGGUCCUUGUGCACCUUGUGGUUGUUGUCCUCCUGCGCCUAUGAAUCUUCAAGGUUCUAGCCCGCCGCCUUAUGUACCACCUCCAACAUUACCGGUUCUACCACCACCAUCCUCAGUACCUCUUCCCAAGGUAUCCAAACAGUAUUACGAUCAGAUUGGUUGUGUAAACAAGGGGUUGUUUCAUGAAUAUGUCGCUUAUCAUAAAUAUCAGCACACUCUUAAAAAUUUGCGCCGAUAUGCAAAUAUUUUGUUUUUUUUGAGAUCAUACUGCAUGCAGUUGAUGCCACCAGCUCCUACUUCAACUUGUACUGGCCCCUGUGUAAAUGCUCCUAUGGGAGCUAGCACAUGUCCUCAGCAACAAUUACGUGAUCUACGCGAGCAAUACGCACGUCUACAGGAUGAUUACAAAAACAAAUUAUGCGAGGUUUCGUGUUUAAGAACAGAUGCUGAAAAACUCAAGCAACAAACACGAGAUGCUAUUGAAGAGAAAGACAAAUUGGAUAUAAGAUUGACAGACGCUCAAGAACGUUUGAAAACGCUAGAAGCUGAAAAAGAGAAAUACGAAGGCUUCAAGGAGCAAAUGGUUGAACAAGAGCAAGCUCUUAUUGUUUUCAAACAACGUUUUCGAGAGGCCCAAGAUGAGCUUGAGGAACUGAGAUCUUUGAUUCAAGAUCAAGCUGCUCAGUUGGAGGAUUAUCGUAACAAAUAUCUGCAGGCACAACAACAAGUGGAAGAACAACGUCGGCAACUUGAUCUCAUGGAGAUGGAUAAUGCACGAAUGAAUGAAAAUGUGACUCUGGAGAUUGGUAGAGUUAAAAAUCAGUUCCAAGAGAAACUUGCAGAACUCGCACCGUUACCUGACAUCCUGAAGCAAACGCAGGUGAAAUUGCAAGAAGCACAGCAAAUGCGUAUAGUCGCAGAACGAAAUUGCGAGGAUCUGUCGCGAGAGCUUUUAGGUUCCAAAGAGAAGAUGCAGGCUUUACAAAAUCAAUUGGAAGUGUUACGUAGCGAGUAUCAACAGCUUCAGGAUGAAAGGGGUCAUGGUUCGGGACGAUUCGAUGAACUAGAGCGGAAAAAUACUGAAUUGCGGCAUGAAAAUGAACGUAUGAAGAAUACGCUUGCUAGAUUCGAGGAACAUGAGGCGCAACUGCAGAAGCGUAUCGAUGAAAAGAUGCACGAGGUUACUCAAUUGACGGCAAUGCUUGAUCAGGUUCGAGAAGAUUCUGCAAGGCAAGUAGCAAGAACGAAAGAAAGAUGCGAGACCGCUAGAAGAACAAUGCAAAGUCAAAUUGCGGAAAUGGAAAGACAAUUGGCUCAAUGUCGAGCCACUGCAAGAGCUGCGCAAAAAGAUAGAGACGAAAUUCGUCAAAAAAUGCAAGGUCAAAUAAACAACCUCAAUGAGGCGUUCGAGCAAGCUCAGGGUCGUAUAAGAUCACUGCAGGGACACGUAAAUUAUUUGAAGACAUCUUAUAGCAACAUCUUUAAAGGACAAGGAGAGAUGCCACCUGGAGUUUUACCUGGAGAGGCUGGUACAGGAUUCGAUUCCUGCGACUGCAACUAUUAAAUAAGAAAUUACUCAGUAUU